UUUUUCAGUCGACAUCACUUCGUGUCGACGUCGACAUCACAUCGACGCAGAAUCGGUACUGACUAAACGUGUUGAGACGACGUCGACAAUUUAUCGAUAAAUUAAUGUAGGAAAUACCAUCUUUGUCAUUUUUGCAUCAGCUGUUUCAUGUUGUUUACAAUUUUUAUUUAAAAGGUUACGUUCUUUAGAUCUGUGUGAUUAUUAUUAUAUUGAAUAUUUUUGCGCAAAAAUGUUCUUUGUUUCCGAUUCAAGCUCAAGCGAUGAAGAAUACAAAAAAGAGCUUACACUAAAAAGGAAAAUUAUUAGGCAGAACUCUGAUAUAUUUAGUUUGCCAGAUAACAGAUUUCAGGACUAUUUUCGACUAAACAAAACUGCAUUUAACUAUGUACUACAAAAAAUUAAGCCGCAAAUGAAAAAUGGAAUCCGGACAACAGCCGUAUCAAAAACUUUAAAAUUGGCAGCGACUUUGCGGUUUUUGGGUCAGGGCUCAUAUCAAACAAGUGUUGGAAACGACUUCCACCUUGGGCUUUCCCAGCCAACAGUUAGUUCAGUCCUGUCUGAAACACUCGACAUUUUAGAAGUAGUCAUAUGUCCUCUAUGGAUCAAAUUUCAUAUGACAGACGCUGAAAAAACAGAAGCCAAGGAGUAUUUUUUCCAAAAAACUGGUUUUCCUGGUGUUAUUGGAUGUGUCGAUGGAAGCCACAUUAAAAUUUUGGCUCCCAACAAACAAGACCAGCAUCUUUACUACAAUCGAAAAGGAUUUUUUAGUUUGAAUGCUAUGAUUAUUUGCGAUCAUAAAAUGCGAAUACGGUAUUUUGAUGCUCGUUAUGCGGGUUCUGGGCAUGACUCUCUAAUUUGGAAUAUUAGCCAAGCGAGAACAAUUCUGAAGGAGCGAUACGAUGCUGGGGAGCGUAGAUGCUGGCUCUUAGGUGAUGCGGGUUAUCCUCUUGAACCAUACAUUAUGACGCCAUAUCGAUCCGCAGCAGAAGGAAGUCCAGAAGCUAUUUACAACAACAAACAUGCCAAAGCUAGAAACAUAGUUGAACGCACUAUUGGAGUGUUAAAAAACCGAUUUCGCUGUUUGCUCGGUGCACGUCAACUUCACUAUACGCCAUCUAAAGCCACGCAAAUCGCUAAUGUAUGUGCAGCACUCAACAACAUUUGCAUCGAGUUUGGUUCACACAUCACAAACGAGGAUGCAGACAUUGCAGAACUAAACGAAGACAAUGUUGACAAUACUGAUGAUGUGGAAAAUAGCAUAAAUAUUGAAGCUUCGCAAAUUAGAGAACAAAUAAAAAACAGUUUUGUGUAAUUUCAGUUCAUUCUUUUUUUAUAAAAUAAAUGGAAUUCAGUCU